AUGUCCCAUACUGAUCAAUUAUUCGUCGCUGAAGAAGACGACGAUAUAAUGAUGAAGAACGUUGACACCGAUGAGAUCCCCGUCGGUUUAGCUAGUCUAGAAGACGAGAAAUCGGCAAAAAACGAUGAAGAUCCAAUAGUCAAGGAAAUACCGUUAAACCUGUCCCAAGCACCAUUUGCAUUGCAUCUCUUACAGUAUCCUAAUAAGCCUAAAAAGACAGGUCAAAAUCGAGUCUUGCAUCCGCCCGUGACGCAAGCCAGAUACAAACAGAAAUCGAACCUUUGGCAGCUGGAUAUGCCAUUGAACACUGAUGUGUUUUACGAUAAGAAUAGAGCAGAAGAUGAGUGGGAUUCUGUGGCCCAACAGACGGUGAAGGGUGUUGGUGUAUACAACGAGGGACUCUACGCGGGCCUUUUCGCUGAUGAUCAGAUAUAUUUGUUACCUGUUGAUGCUGUCGCACAGAUGAGGCCUUAUUUCACAUAUAUAGACGGUGGAUCACAUACGAGGGAGGAGACGAGAAACCCACAGCAACAGAAUGGCAAUGGAGCGAAGAAGGCACAGGUUGUCACAAUGUCCGUGAAAAGUAGUAGUGAAGCCAAUCAACCUCGUCUUGGAGGGUCGUUGUUGGCACACAAGGUUGCAGAUGAAGAAGAGACUUUGGAAUUGACCUGGGUAGAGGGCACGUUUCAAAGUUUUAAAGAAAGUGUCACGACAGAAAAGGCCCGUACGCCCUUAAAAGCUUCUGGAGGUGCUCAGGAAUACGUCGAGAGGGCGAUGUGA